GUUGUUUCUUUCCCAUUUUCCAUUAGAUUGUGUGAGGUACUUAAUCUUGAUCCAAGACAUGUGCUGAUUGCAGAAGUAAUCUUCACAAAUAUUGGAGGAGCAGCUACGGCUGUUGGGGAUCCACCCAAUGUUAUAAUUGUUUCCAACCAAGAGCUAAGGAAAGUGGGAUUGGAUUUUGCUGGAUUCACAGGGCAUAUGUUUCUUGGAAUCUCUCUGGUUCUGCUGGUUUCUUUCCCAUUUCUUAGAAUCUUAUAUUGGAACAAAAAGCUGUACAAUCAUGAACCCAGUGACAUUGUUGAACUGAAACAUGAAAUUCAUGUUUGGAAGUUAACUGCACAAAGGAUUAAUCCUGCUAGUCGUGAAGAGACUGCAGUUAAGUGUCUCCUAAUGCAAAAAGUUUUGACAUUAGAGAGCUUGUUGAGGAAAAAACUUAGAACGUUUCAAAGACAAAUUUCACAGGAGGACAAAAACUGGGAAACAAAUAUCCAAGAACUACAAAAGAGACAUGGAAUAACCGACAAGAUCCUUCUAAUCAAGUGUUUGUCUGUC